GGUGCCACGUAUGCGGCAGCUGAUUGGUGCGCUCCAGGACACGUCACUGGCCGCGCCGGGUCCGGCCCGAGUUCCGGGCCCGCGGCCCUCUGCUCCGCGUUUGCUCCUGGUUUGUGGCGGCCCGGCCCUGGCGUCCGGCGGAGAGUGGACCAGGUGGAACCAGAGUCGGCGCGAUGAAGGCACUGAUCUUGGUGGGCGGCUAUGGGACACGGCUGCGGCCGCUGACGCUGAGCACUCCGAAGCCACUGGUGGAUUUCUGCAACAAGCCCAUUUUGUUGCACCAAGUGGAGGCCCUUGCCGCGGCAGGUGUGGACCACGUGAUCCUAGCUGUGAGCUACAUGUCGCAGGUGUUGGAGAAGGAAAUGAAGGCGCAGGAGCAGAGGUUGGGAAUCCGAAUCUCCAUGUCCCAUGAAGAGGAGCCUUUGGGGACAGCUGGGCCCCUGGCCCUGGCCCGGGACCUGCUUUCCGAGACGGCAGACCCUUUCUUCGUCCUCAACAGUGACGUGAUCUGUGACUUUCCCUUCCAAGCCAUGGCGCAGUUCCACCGGCACCAUGGCCAGGAGGGCUCCAUCCUGGUGACCAAGGUGGAGGAACCCUCCAAGUAUGGUGUGGUGGUGUGUGAGGCUGAAACAGGCCGUAUUCACCGCUUUGUGGAGAAGCCGCAGGUGUUUGUGUCCAAUAAGAUCAACGCAGGCAUGUACGUCCUGAGCCCUGCCGUGCUGCAGCGCAUCCAGCUGCAGCCCACGUCCAUUGAGAAGGAGGUCUUCCCCGUUAUGGCCAAGGAGGGGCAGCUAUAUGCCAUGGAGCUGCAGGGCUUCUGGAUGGACAUCGGCCAGCCCAAAGACUUCCUCACCGGGAUGUGCCUCUUCCUGCAGUCGCUGAGGCAGAAGCAGCCCGAGCGCCUGUGCUCGGGCCCUGGCAUCGUGGGCAACGUGCUCGUGGACCCAAGUGCCCGGAUUGGUCAGAACUGCAGCAUCGGCCCCAACGUGAGCCUGGGGCCUGGUGUGGUGGUGGAGGACGGCGUGUGCAUUCGGCGCUGCACGGUGCUGCGGGACGCCCACAUCCGCUCGCACUCCUGGCUCGAGUCCUGUAUCGUGGGCUGGCGCUGCCGUGUGGGCCAGUGGCCUGCUCUGUCCCCCGGAGGUGCGCAUGGAGAACGUGACUGUGCUGGGCGAGGACGUGAUCGUCAACGACGAGCUCUACCUCAACGGGGCCAGCGUGCUGCCGCACAAGUCCAUCGGCGAGUCGGUGCCGGAGCCACGCAUCAUCAUGUGAGGGCCCCGCAGGCCGAGCUGCCGUGCCCUCGGGCCGGGGUGAGGGCCCUGGACUUGCGGGGGAGGACUGAAGGCCACCGGAGCUUGUUGGACACCUGCCUUCUCCGCGGGCUCCCCACUGGGCACCCUGCACAUGGCCCACUCCCCCGAAGAAGGGCCGCGGCCAGGGCUGUCUGGAAUAAUAAUUUAAUGCUCGCUGUGGCCCUGACUCCUAGUUCAGCUCAGGCACAGUUAGGGCCGUGGCUAGGCUCCCACCAAUCAGACUGCACACAGGCUAGGAGGUUGGAGGUGGCAGGGAAGGUGGCAGGGUGAGGGGAGCUCAUAAAUAGGGCCCAGCCUGGGGUCUGGGUCCGAGGGUGGAGGUUCCAGAAUGCUGUGGGCUAGGCAGCCGAGGAGGUGGAGGUGGUGGUGGUGGUGGUGGUGGCGGCGGCGGCGGCGGCACCACUGGCACUGGCUCCCUUCUCCCAGUCCUCUACUGACACAAUGGUGGCUUUGCAGAAGAAGCAGUCCUUGUUGUUCAUCAGGUGCUGAUCGAUGCAGGCUCUGCAACACCGGGGCGGGGGGCGGGGGUGAGCGCUGCACGGGGUCCCUGUGCCCCUACCUGCAGAUGCCUGGAGGCUACUUACUUGCAGGACUUGUGGCCACAGGGCUGGAACACGGCAGAAAUGGGGUGGGCGUAGCAGAUGGGGCAGAGGUCCUCCUCACUGGUGGGCUGUAGGAGGGAGCGUUAGGGCGGGCUCAGCUGGGGCUGGACGCUGCUGUCUGUGGGUGUGCGGCGCUCCUACUCACCAGGGAAGCAGCUGCUGCCUGGGCGGAGGCGGAGGUCAGGUGCGCCAGCAUCUGUUCCACCUGGGCCAGCUCCUCAGCACUGAUGUAGUCCGCAUCUGGGGGGCAGGAGGUGGGGUCAGGCCCACUACGGCCCUGGAGCCUAGUGCCUCCCUUGUCCCAGUCUGGGAGCCGGCUGUUCUUGGGGCUGAAGACCACGCCCAGUCUCUGGUCUUGCCCUAGGCCACUCACAGCUCUGCAGGGAGAAGCGCUUCCGGUCAGGGGCAGGCAGGGCAGCGCCAGGUGCUGGGGGCUCUGGUUGCCCCAGAAGGUAGCUGAUGGAGCGGAGCUGGAAGCAGGGGUCAGCCAGGAGCACGGACGUGGCUCGCUCUGUCCUGGGGAGGGGCGGGUUUAAGGGCAGUGAGAAGGCUUGGGGCCAGACAGGAGUCUCAGGGAGCAGGGGGUGUGGCAAUUCCGACCAUCCGUUAGCACACCCUUUGGCCUUUUCAUCUCCCUGCUGCUUAGCCAACCCUCCGAGGUCCCGGAUUCCAGAAAGAUCCUACACAGCCAGGCCACCGUAAGGUACUCAAAGCCCACAGUACAUUAACCCUUCCAAGCUACUUCAAAUAAACAAACACGAAUAGCUUA